AUGACCGACCAGCGCGCAAACUGGACCGACGAGAAGGAUGCUACCUGGAUGACCGAGAUGAUCUACCAAGUGGUAGUCCUUGGCAAACGUGCAAACAGUGGGUUCAAGAAGGAGUCGUGGCAGGCAGCAUCGAGUAAACUCAACAUCGAACACCGCGUUAACUACACGAAGGUCCAGCUCAAGACCAGGAAUGCAGAAAUGAAGAAGCAGUAUGCUCAAGUGUCGCAAAUGAACUCAGUUCUGGAAAGCCAGCGAAGCGAUGCGUGCGGGUAA